AUGACACGGGUUACACUGCACGGACCGGUUCCGCGCUCCUGCGUUAAAGCCUCCUUUGUUCUCUCGCUUUACACUUGUUGUCUAUGGAGUUUUGUGGAUCUGGCUACAAUAACUACGCACCGCCAACAUGAAAUGGAAGCAAGGAUUAACGUUUUUGCAGAUAAAUGUGACCUGGCUAUUCAAGAUAUUAAAAAAUUAAAAAUGCAGGCUCAAAGUUUUUUGGGUCGCUUAAACUGCCAACCUUCAGAGUUGAAAGAAAGAUUCCUAAGCUGUAUGAAACAGCUAGAUGAAUACAUAUAUCUUAUUACAGAUUUUAAUCUUGCGAUGAGUAAACUGGAUUCAACUAUCAGUACCAAUUCUACACCUGUUCUUGAUGUCUCCAACCGUCCAUUACCCCAACCACCUCUUGAAACGUUUAACUUAAUAGAUGCUUUGAGUGAACCAACUCCAUCCACUUCAAAAGCUCAUCCAACUGCAUGUUGCAACCAAUACCCAUCAGAGAAGCCAAUUCAAAAGAAAAUACCCAAAGAGGACCAACUCCUGAUAGCGUUCUCAAGUGCAUCAUGUUCUUCAGAGAGUGUGCCAAUAUCUAAGAUUGAAAAGGAAGUGCAAUGUGAAAUUGUAGAAGAAACUAAGAAACUGACAUUAGAUGACACAAGUCUAGCAGUGGAGGAAUGCAAGCUACCAGCGCAAACAUUGCUUCAGAUAGAUCACAUAUACCCUGCAACGAUUAUGCAUGUUGAUGGCCUCUCUUUUUGGGUGAUUGCUGACGAUAUUGAUGAUGUCUACAAGCUAAUGAUUCAAAUGACAAGCUAUUACAAAGAGAAUAGGAAACAGCUGAAGUUGGACGAGGUGAUGGCGCUCACAUAUUGCUCUUAUUAUGACGACGAGAGUGACUGCUAUUAUAGAGCCCUCUUUAUUAGACUCACAGAGGAUGACAUGAGUGUGGCGGAGGUGUUCCUAGUGGACACGGGUGAAACAAGGUGCGCCUCCAUUGCUACCAUACAACCUCUCGAUCCGAUCUUCUGCAAGAAGCCGCCCUUCGCACGUUGCUGCCACUUUGCUGGGGUGGACCUACUGGGCUAUCGCAGCAAGGAACUACUCGAGAAACAGGAAUUGUUUUUGAAGAACUAUAUGGGCGAGCAGUGUAACAUCAAGAUUGAUGACAAGUAUUCAUCAGAAGCUCUGGAUGUUUACGUGAUUCUACCAUCAGGAGAUACCAUCAAUGACCUGUUGGUUCAUUAUGGACUAGCACUUAAAAUCGACAAAUCAAAUGUAUCAGCGGACAGUGACGCCGCCAGAGGUUUGAAGGAGUUGAGUGAAGCAAACUUCGAUAUAACGGAGGGUCCAGAGUACGAAGACCCGCUUGUAGCUGUUACGGGCUACCACAGCAGAGACGAAAUGGACAUCUGCAAACAUUACAAGGGCGGUCCGGAAAAGACUUGUUACAAAGGAUUUCGCUGCACCAAGAGACACGUCUUGAAACAUCCAGACGGCUGGACGCGCGACCGCGUGCCGGUGGCGGCGCGCUGCCGGGCGCGCGCGCUGCCGCCGCCGGGCUCGUGGGCGCGCGCGCACGUCACGCACGUCGCGCACUUCAACCGCUUCUACGUGCACUUCCUCGACGACAGCGACCCCGCACUCGUAUUUAUUACAGAAAAUAUGCCAUCACCGAGUUUCGGGGUAGUUCUUCCGCCGACCAACCUGAACUCCCUCAUUCUAGACAUGAACUCUCCCGCCACUAGAUUGACGUACAAACCACUUGAGAUGAUACCGGCGCCGGGUGAACUGGUGGCGGCGCUGUACCCGCCGGACGAGCAGUGGUACCGCGCGCGGGUCAUCUCUUCCACCAGGACAGAUCAGAGCGUCGAAGUAAUAUACAUAGACUAUGGCAACGUUGUCUGGGUGAAGGAAAAUGCAGUACGACAACUCGAACCCCGGUUCUGGGCUCUCGAAGCUCAAGCCAGCCGCUGUGUGCUAGCCGGUGUCACCGCUAAGACAUCCGACUCGAGUCAAUGGGCCGCUGCUAAGAAUGCACUCCAUGCGCUCAUACACGAACAAAGGCUACAAGUACAUGUGAUAGCUAGACAUUAUGAUGAGGUUACAGUGGAACUAUUUGACAGCGAAGGUGUUAACAUAGCGGAGCUACUAGCGGACCAGGGGUUCGUGAAAUUGACGGAAUACGAUAUAGAUGACGACACGAACGUAAAACAGAAGCUGGUAAUACCUUAA